CUUCCAAUUGAAGAUAAAAUAGAAAUUAUUGCUAAAGAGAUAUAUGGAGCAGAUGGAAUAGAGUUAUUAGAAGAAGCAAAAAUAAAAAUUGACAGAUACAAAAGACAAGGAUUCAAUGAUUUUCCAAUUUGCAUGGCAAAGACUCAUUUAUCCUUAUCUGAUGAUCCAAAUGCUAAAGGUACACCAAAAGGGUUUGUUCUUCCCAUACGAGACAUCAGAGCGAGUGUCGGAGCAGGAUUUUUAUAUCCAUUAGUUGGUACAAUGAGUACCAUGCCGGGAUUGCCCAUCAGACCCAGCUUUUACGAUAUCGAUUUGAAUAUAGAAACCGAAGAUGUGGAAGGUUUAUUCUGAAAGGUAUCAAGUUUACUAAUUUGCACACAAAUUAAAUGGAGCAAUUUUUGUUUGCAUGUGUUUGUAAAAAAAUAAUUAA